AUGGGGUGGCUGUCCCAUGGCAUCAUCCUCUUUGCUGCGUGGUGCUUUGUCACCUUCCAGGCAGUCUCCGCCGGCUACAACCGCUGGUCGCGGCCGGUGCCCAACACCUCCGACGUGGUCAUCGUGAGGUUUGGGCUCUCCAUCGCCCAGCUGAUCGACGUGGAUGAGAAGAACCAGAUGAUGACCACCAACGUCUGGCUGAAGCAGGAGUGGAGUGACUACAAGCUGCGCUGGGACCCGGCAGAGUUUGACAAUGUCACCUCCAUCCGGGUGCCCUCUGAGAUGAUUUGGAUCCCUGACCUUGUGCUCUACAACAAUGCUGAUGGGGAGUUUGCUGUGACCCACAUGACAAAGGCCCACCUGUUCUCCAAUGGGAAGGUGAAGUGGGUGCCACCUGCCAUCUACAAGAGCUCGUGCAGCAUCGAUGUCACCUUCUUCCCAUUCGACCAGCAGAACUGCAAGAUGAAGUUCGGGUCCUGGACCUAUGACAAGGCUAAGAUCGACCUGGAGAACAUGGAGCACCAUGUGGACCUCAAGGAUUACUGGGAGAGUGGUGAGUGGGCCAUCAUAAAUGCCAUUGGCACCUAUAACUCCAAGAAGUAUGACUGCUGCUCCGAGAUCUACCCUGACAUCACCUUCUACUUCAUCAUCCGUCGCCUCCCGCUCUUCUACACCAUCAAUCUCAUCAUACCCUGCCUGCUUAUCUCCUGCCUGACUGUACUGGUCUUCUACUUGCCCUCUGACUGUGGGGAGAAGAUCACCCUCUGCAUCUCCGUCCUGCUGUCUCUCACCGUCUUUCUGUUGCUCAUCACGGAAAUCAUCCCAUCCACCUCCCUGGUCAUCCCUCUCAUCGGGGAGUAUCUCCUCUUCACCAUGAUCUUCGUCACGCUCUCCAUCAUCAUCACCGUGUUUGUCCUCAACGUCCACCACCGCUCCCCCAGCACCCACACCAUGCCCUGCUGGGUCCGGAGCUUCUUCCUCAACUUCAUCCCUCGCUGGCUCUUCAUGAAAAGACCUCCAGCCCUGCCCCUCUCCGAGGGCACUGCCGGGCAGUACGACCUCCCGGGGACAAGGCUCAGCACCUCCCGGUGCUGGCUGGAGACUGACGUGGAUGACAAGUGGGAGGAGGAGGAAGAGGAGGAAGAAGAAGAGGACGAGGCAGAGGAGGAGAAGACAUACCCCGACCGCAUGUCACAGGCAGACUCCCAGGGCACCCAGUGCCAAUAUGGCUGUGGGCGACAAGCCGGGAAGAUGUCAGAGGCCUCAGCCCCCCGGGUGCCCCCCAAGGGGGAGGAGGAGGAAGUGGGCUUGGAGCUGACAUUGUCCCCCAGCAUCCUGAAGGCCCUGGAAGGGGUGCAGUACAUUGCAGACCACCUGCGAGCUGAGGAUGCUGACUUCUCGGUGAAGGAGGACUGGAAGUACGUGGCCAUGGUGAUAGACCGCAUCUUCCUCUGGAUGUUCAUCAUUGUCUGCCUGCUGGGCACCGUGGGACUCUUUCUCCCACCCUAUCUAGCAGGGAUGAUCUAG